AUGGAGAAACGCGAAUUAGAGAAGCUUGAAUCUGUCGAACUGGAGGAAGUCCGUCAAAGCAGAGACCUUCCUUCACCUGCCACUGCACAACAACCUCGCAAUCGUGCAAAGUUUAGUGCAGCUACGAUCAUUCCAGUGUGGAUUGCUCUUAGUAGUGGAGUCAUCAUCUACAACAACUACAUCUACAACACUUUAAACUUUAAGUUUCCAGUCUUUUUGGUCACUUGGCAUCUGACUUUUGCGGCUAUUGGAACCCGAGUCCUUCAACGUACCACGCAUCUCUUGGACGGUGCAAAGGAUGUACCAGUCAGCAAAGACAUGUUCUUGCGCUCCAUCCUACCCAUUGGUCUCCUUUUCUCUGGCAGUCUUAUCCUCAGCAACACUGCUUAUCUAUACCUAAGCGUGGCCUAUAUUCAGAUGCUCAAGGCCUUCACCCCCGUAGCGAUCCUACUUAUCACAUGGGCCACUCGCAUUAGUGAACCUUCCCGCAAGCUACUCAUCAUCGUCCUCAUGAUCUCCUCUGGUGUCGCCGUCACAAGCAAGGGUGAAAGGUUCUUCAGUUGGAUUGGGUUUUUCAUUCAAGCUGGAGGAGUCGGGUUCGAAGCUACCCGCCUAGUCCUCAUCCAAACCCUCCUCCAUGGACUUAAAAUGGACCCCCUCGUCUCUCUCCAUCUCUACGCGCCUGUCUGCGCCCUUAUCAACCUCUGCGUCAUACCUUUUACCGAGGGCCUAGAGCCGCUCCGCAUAGUAUGGGAGAGCAUCAUAGGAUCUUACUCCCAUGCCAUGUCCGCAGUAUCAGGCGAAGCUGCAUCCAACGCUACUGUCGCAAUAGUCGGUGCGUCGGGAGACUUGCUCGCUGCCAUAGGCGAAGAAGCAGCACCUCGCAUAACCCCAUUUUUUCUUCUUACAAAUGCGCUGCUUGCGUUCUUGCUAAAUAUCGCUGCUGUGUUUUUGGUGGGUGCUGGGAGCGGGUUGGUGCUGACCCUUGCGGGGGUAUUGAAGGAUGUGUUAUUGGUUGCCGGAAGUGUGGUUAUUUGGGGUGGGUCGGUUGGCAUCUUGCAAGCUCUUGGAUACUCGAUAGCGUUGUGUGGACUGGUGAUGUUCAAGGUGUCGGGUGGGAAGUGA